CCUUUGUAGCUGAACUGACAUUGUUAUGACGCUGUUGUCUCGAAGUGCAACUGGUGCCAAAGCCUUCUUAGAGCAGUCAGUUCAUAUAUCUGCCCCUGAUGACUGGCUGCAAGCAUGUGUAGACUGGAUCCAUGAAGAACACCAACAGCAGGGUUCUCUGUCCCAGAGUCAGGUCAAUGACCUGGUCUAUGAGCAGUGGUUGGUCAGUGACCUCAGAGACAUAGAGGCCACAUGUCUGCCUAAUAAUGUGAUCUCAACACAGAAGACACAGCUGAAUGGCUUCUACUGCUUACAGGUUGACUCUGUGCUGAAUGUGGGAAGCUCUUUUUACUCCCAGCUGCAGAGAGUGACCGGGACAGAGAAUGCCAAUGCUGCAGUGGACACUGACGACCAGCCAAGAAAUUUUUGGGAGCCUAAGCCCAGCCGUAUGCUGAUGUUAAGUUUAACAGAUGGCAGCCAGGAUGUGAGAGGGAUGGAGUACAAACCUAUUCCACAGCUAUCAGAGCACCUGCGUCCUGGCACCAAACUCCUGGUCUCUGGUCCUGUCACCUGCCGCUUGGGGGUGCUCAUGCUGAGUGCCAGCAACGUGAAGGUGUUAGGGGGAGAGGUGGAUACCUUGGUGGAACAGAACGCACAGCAUCAGCUGCUGGCCAGGGUGCUAAAUGUGGACAUCAGUAAAAUCCGCCCCACGGAACACAGCAUGUACAAAGACCCCAGUAGGAUACCAGGGUGUUCUCUCACACAGCCAGGGAGGGGGUCUUCUGGUGGCCCUGGGGGUGGUAGCUGGGGGCCCCAGGGUGGGGCUGUAGUCACUCCUUCCACCACCACACAGCCUCCAGCCCCUGUACAGCAGCAGCAGCCACCCCCCAGGACCAUAGGUGCCUCAAGUGACCAAAACAACACAUCAACUAUGGGUCAAACUGGACAGCGUCCAUCAGGCCAGACCAGCGGUGUGCCAGCGUCUCAGUUUGAGGACCAGGAUGAAGAUGACUUCCUGGACCACAUGGAUGUUGAGCAGCUGGACGCCUUUGAGCAGUGGGAUGAGGAUGAGGAAGAUAUGCUGGCCAGGAUGCCAAUGGACACUGAGCCCAGGCUACAGGAUGAUGGCAAUGGCAGUGGUCCUAGCACACUGCAGUAUGCCUCACAUGUUACAAGAGAGGAACCUGGACUGAACUCUGCUGUGGUUAAUAGAAAUACAAGGUCAGGGCUGCAGGACAGUGGCUUUGGUCCAUCAUUAGGUCGGUCCACUAUUGUAAAUACAAGGUCAGGGCUGCAGGACAGUGGCUUUGGUCCAUCAUUAGGACAGUCCACUAGUGUAAAUACAAGGUCAGGGCUGCAGGACAGUGGCUUUGGUCCAUCAUUAGGACAGUCCACUAGUGUAAAUACGAGGUCAGGGCUGCAGGACAGUGGCUUUGGUCCAUCAUUAGGACAGUCAACUAGUGUAAAUGGUCAGACCCAUAAACCUAUAAAAUCACCUGAAAUAUCAACAAAACACGUAAUUGAAAGAGGAGCUAGUAGUUCUGUUUCUGAUGCAUACGUGGGUGAGAGAUACCUUCAGAAACCCAGGGACUUGAACCAGCUGACCCACACAGCAGUCAGUGGUCAAUCGAACAGCAACAAAGAUGACCAAAGGUCAACAAUUGUAAACACUGAAGACUUUGUUGAUCUUACUGAUGAUUUUGAUGAUGAUGAUGAUUUUGAAGAAGCAGCCUCAGUUUCAUUCUCUGAAGUGCCGUCUGGAUUAGUUUAUGAAAAAGAAGCAAAGAGGAGGAAAUUGGAGCCGAGUUCAGGUGAGGUAAAGCUGGACACCCCACCAUAUACCUACCUGUCCAAAGUGCAGGCUCAGGGACAUCAUAUAGGCCCCAUGAAAGUGAAAGUGAAAGCUUUCAUUUCCACCCUACUGGGCAAGCUUGACCACAAUGCAGGAACAGGCUGGACAUUACGUGCCAAGAUAAACGAUGGAACGGCAGCAACAGAUGUGGAUCUUGGAGACCAGUUGUUGACAAACUUGAUUGGAUUUCCUGCCUCAGAAGUUCAGGCAUUGAAAGCCAACAAGAAAGACAAGGUGGUCAGGGAGAGAAUAUCACAGGGUAUCAAGAACUGUCAGCUAGCAUUGAUUGAGAUGUCAGGACUGAUGGAGUUGGAGAUCUCACAGGAACUGCCACGCCCUAAAGUUGUCCACUACCACCUAAUGACAGAGCAGGAUCUUUACCAUUUGAAGGCCAGAACCAAAAUGCAAUCAUUAUAGUGCCAAACUUGGGGGGAAUGGGUUUAAAAGGAAAGUGUUGGUACGCAUCAGUAGACUGGUGUUCUGGAGGAUUGUUGAAACAGGUGAAAGCUAGGACCAUUAAAAACUUCAAUAUGUAUGUCAGGAAAUAUCAGAAAUGUACCGUUAUUGUCACAGGUUAUCAUGCCAAUAUGUUGGAAUAAAUUU